CCCUCAGGUCUGUCGAAGAUGCACUGGUCACCAGAGCAUGCCCAGUCCCUAAACCAGUGGCCGGAGCAGCACCUCGAUGUCUCCUCCACCACCUCCUCACCAGCACACAAGUCCGACCUGUACCCCAGCACCCGGCAGCGCUUCAACUACGCCUGGGCCAACGACGACAUCUCGGCCCUGACGGCCUCCAACCUGCUCAAGAGGUACGCGGAGAAGUACUCAGGGGUGCUGGAGGCGCCCUACGAGCGCCCGGUGCUGAGCGGCUACGGGGACGGAGCCUUCGCGGCAGUUAACGGCCAGAAGGGGGACGGCGAGCCCUGGCCGGUGCCGCACGGUUCGGACGGUGCCUACCCCCUCACCCCCAUCCACGAUGGCCUGCCCGGUGCCAAGGGGGUGGUGCCGCCCCCCGUCCCCCCUAGCGGCGGGGCCAUCGGGCUGGGCGGUUCGCCCGUGGUGUCUGCCAACCUCAGUGACCCCAUGUACCCCGGCAGCUCCUGCGGAGGAGCCACCGCCAGCUCCGGUGGGCUGGGGGCAUCUCAGGAGUACCCCUCAGGCUAUGGUGGCACCUAUCUGCCCUCCAGCUACUGCACCCAGCCGGCCGCGGCGCUGCCCCCCCCGCAUCCCCCUGCCCUCCACGGCUCAGGGCUCCUGCAGCCCCCGCACCCUUCACCCGCCCUAGUGCCAGGCUACGGCUCCUCUGGCCCCAUGUACAACUACAGUGCCAGCAGCUACCCGCCGCAGCCAGGCUAUGGCACCAUCCACCCUCCCCACCCCUCCGCUUCCUACCUGCCCUCCGGCAUCGCGGCGCCCACCCCAAUCCCGGCCCCACCGCCCCCCGCUCGCCCACCCGGAGUCCCGAGUUACGGCUACCAGGGUGCCGGCUUGGCUCCCUUGGCCGUGCCCCCCCUUGGCACCGAGGCAGCGGGCACCCUGAAGAGGAAAGCUUUCGACAUCUCGGGCAGCGAGGACGCAGGGGAGGGUCGCUAUCGGAAGUACAGCUACGAGCAGCCAAAGUCUCCCUACCCCCUUCCGGACAACGGCGAGUGCCGCGGCAACGGCUUCGGUGGCAGCGCCGAGUCCCCGCAGGUGGCCUUCAAGGCCGGGAAGCGGCCGGCCGGGGCCGGGGCCACCGAGGAGCACGGCAGCAAGUACGGUGGGCAGGCGAUGAAGAGCGUAGUUUCGCCUCCCUACAGCGCCGGGGACGCUCCGCUGGGGUCCACGGAGCCCUUCGAGAAGUUCAGCCCCCCCCUGGCCAACGGGGAGCGGGCAGCCGAGCCGGGACCCCCCUUCCGGCUGCGGCUGCCCCUCAAAACGCCGCUCUUCGGUGGCCCGCCGGUGGAGGAGCAACCCAAGAACGUCGACCCUCUGGUCCUGGAGCUGGUGAACACCAAGAUCGUGGACCGGGCGCCGCCGGUGCAGUGGGCGGACAUCGCCGGGCAGGUGUCCGUGAAGGCCACCCUGGAGGAGGAGGUGGUGUGGCCGAUCCUGCGCCCCGGCGCCUACAGCGGGACGAGCCGCCUGCCCCGCACCGUCCUGCUCUUCGGUCCCCGCGGCACCGGGAAGACUCUGCUGAGCCGCUGCAUCUCCUCCCAGCUGGGCUCCACCUUGCUGAAGCUCAGCGGCACGACCCUGCUCUCCACCUGGAAAGCCGAAGCCGAGAAGAUCCUGCAGACUGUCUUCUUCGUGGCCAGCUGCCGGCAGCCCUCCGUCGUGCUCCUCACUGAGGCCGAGGCUCUGUUGGCGGCUCGGGCUGCUGAGGACGGCGGCCAGGUGAGCAACCUCAAGUCGCAGCUCCUCUCCUACCUGGACAACGUGGCUACCUCAUCCGAGCAGAACGUGGUCAUCAUCGGGACUACCUCCCGGCCCGGCAGCAUGGACGAAGCCUCUCACCGGCGCUUUGCCAAGCGUUUCUACAUCCCCCCCCCGGACAGCCUGGCGAGGCGGCAGAUCCUGCACCAAGCCCUGGCCCAGCAGAGCUCCUGCCUGAGCGAGCGGGAGAUGUCCUCCCUGGUGCAGCACACCGAGAGCUUCUCGGGCAGCGAGCUGGUGCUGCUGUGCCAGCAGGCCGGGGCCGCCACCCUACAUGCUCUGCCCACCUCCUACCAGGACUUCGAGAAGGCUUUCUCCAAGGUGCGCCCGGCUGCCUCCCCCGAGGAGCUGGACCUGUUCCUGGAGUGGGACAAGAUGUACGGCACCAGGCACUGA